GAUUUCUUCAAAUUUCAGUUUGUACCUACUCUAGCUUUUUCACUUCACCAGCUGCCACCCAAGACCGAAAUUUUCUGUCCCUGGUUCUUUUAUAUACUUUGUCCCUAGCACUUCCAAACCCAGAGCCUCCUCCAUCAUCCCAACUUCAGCUUUUGUGUCUGAAUUGCUCUGGCCAGGAAAGGGGAAAAUGGAAGGUAAAUUGUUUUUCAUGAUUAUUUCGAUGUUGGUGGUUUGGUGCUCUACAUCAGUCAAUUCACAAUCUGUUGGAUCUCCUCCAAUCUCAAGUCCAGCACCAGCUCCAGCCCCAGAACAUGUGAACCUCACACACUUACUUUCUUAUGCUGGUCCAUUCCACACCUUCCUUAACUACCUUGAGAAGAUCAAAGUCUUAGAAACUUUCCAAAACCAAGCCAACAAUACUGAAGAAGGCAUUACAAUUUUUGCCCCAACAGAUGAUGCCUUCUCCAAGCUCAAGAACCCAUCUCUGUCUAAUCUCACCGAUGAUCAGAUUAAAUCAGUCCUCCUUUUCCAUGCCUUAUCGCAUUACUACUCCCUAUCAGACUUCAAGAACCUUAGCGAAAUGAGCCCGGUGAUGACCUAUGCCGGUGGACAAUACACCUUGAAUUUCACAGAUGUGUCUGGAGAUGUAUCUAUUGAUUCAGGAUGGACUAAAACAAAAGUCAGUAGCAGUGUUGUUGCAACUGACCCUAUCGCCGUUUAUGAGAUAAAAAAUGUUCUUCUUCCAGAAGCGAUUUUUGGCGCUGGCAUUCCACCAACUGCAGCACCCGCACCUGCUCCUCAUAUUGCCCCUUCUGCAGAUACCCCUGUUGCUGAUGUUGGUGGGAGCAAUUCGUCUCCAAAAUCAUCUCCGUCUUCCUCUUGCAAGAUUAGCAACUUGGGUAUCUUAACUCAAUUGAUUUUGGCAAUUGCAAGUGGAGUAGUUUUAAUGUUCUCCUAAGGGGUGAUUUGUUCAGCUUUUAAUUUAUAUUGAAAGAAAGAGUUGAUUGAUGCCUUCAUUCCAUUGAAUUGAUAUAAUGUACAAGAGUUGUAGGUACUAAUUAUCACCAUUAUAUCAAAGCCGAAAUUUUCUUGUUUUCUCAUUGUUAAUUUUGUUUUUGUUGUUGACUUUUGUGAAAGAUGUAAAGGGUUUGUUGUCUCUUGGUAUAAAGACUCAAUUAUACUCUUA